GGCUGGCCGGGCCAUGGAGACGCCGGCGGAGAACCCGAGCAAGGCGGCGGAGUACCUCAAGGAGCUCAACAAGAUCAUCGAGACGCAGCAGGAGCUGCUGGAGAAGCAGAAGCUCCGGAUUGAUGAGCUCGAGCAGCAAGUGGCCAAGCUCUAUCACGAGAACGCCCGGCUGCAGGACGAGCACCAGCGGCACCUGGCCACAUGCAGCCUGCUGCUCCUGCAGCAGCAGGGAACCCUUCCCGCCCCGCCGCCGCCGCCGAGGGACGGCCAAGACAACGCCAAGGAGGAACAGUCUGAAGUGGACAGCUCAAGAAGUAUAAGGACCCAGGUGGAUGAAAGAGGCAGCACAGCCUCAGAGCAAGGCAGGGCAGACCUGCUGCCCCUUCCGCCCACUCAGGACCCCAGUGGAUGA